AUGAAUUCCGCUACGUUAAAUGGUGUAGGCUCUGUCACAAAGUCGCCACUUUCAAAAACUAUCAAUUUGCUGUCCGAUGCUGAAGAUUCGGAAAAUGAUGAUGUGUUACAGGGAGUCUCUCGUGAUACUUCACGUGGCAUGCCACACCACCAAAAUGCAGUACCACAAGAGCUCGAGGAAGCUUUGAGUGCGAACGAAAGCAGUGUAGAAGAUGAAUCCGAGGGCUUUGCAGCUGAACCUGAAAGUGAAGAUAGAGAUGAAGAGGAAGAUAGCGAGAGUAGUCUCUUGGAAGAUCUUAUGGAUGGUUUAACUGAUGAGGCUUUAUACGACGAUGAAUCUAAUCCUGAGAGAUGUACUCGUGAAGAGGCUCAGAAUUAUCGUCGCGAUCUUCGAAGACUCGGUCCUCGCGAAUUCUGUAGAGUCACCGUGGAAUCAAACACUGUCACCGCCAAGAAGCUCUUGACUGCGUUUGCUAUUCGUCCACCAAGCUACCUUGAGGGUCAGCCGGAUGAGGAAUACUACCAACUUCUAAGUUACGCCUUACGUCGUGAGUUGAUGAAGCGUUUGAAACUUCCAGACUACAACACUGUCGACGAUGCGAUAGUUCUCAUAAAAAAUGCUAAAAAAAUCAUUGUCAUUACCGGCGCUGGUAUUUCCACUUCUCUCGGCAUACCCGAUUUCAGAUCCGCAAAUGGAUUGUACGCACAGUUGGAAGAUACGGGUCUUUCUGACCCUCAGGAGGUAUUUAAUAUUGACCUCUUCAGAGAGGAUCCAACAAUCUUUUUCCAAAUUGCAAAGAAUAUUCUACCAUCUGUUGUACGCUUCUCACCAACCCAUCAAUUUAUCAAAGUUCUACAAGACAAAGGCAAAUUACUCACCAACUACACGCAAAAUAUUGAUGGUAUCGAAAGCGCUGCGGGAAUCCUUCCAGAGAAUGUCAUUCAGUGUCAUGGAUCAUUUGCGACCGCCACAUGUCAACAGUGUAGUACUCAGGUAAAGGGGACAGAAGUUUUCCCGGAGAUCAAAGCUGGCAACAUUCCGCGAUGCAAAGUCAAAGGCUGCAAAAUCCCUGCUCCACCUCCACCAAAGCAAACUCUUAAGCGUAAGAGAUCCUCGAAUGGUGGCAGUAAGAAACGAGGUCGGUCCAAAAAUGAUGAUGAGAACGAAGAAGACGAUAUUCCUCAACCUGGCAUCAUGAAGCCAGAUAUUACCUUCUUCGGUGAAUCGCUACCCGACAAAUUCGCCGAUCGACUGAGCAAACAUGAUAGAGAUCAAGUUGACCUUGUCAUUACUAUCGGGACAUCCUUGAAGGUUGCACCUGUGAGCGAAGUCGUGCCAUAUCUUCCCAGCAACGUACCACAAAUUCAAAUCAACCGAGACCCUGUGAGUCAUGUUGAAUUUGACAUCGACCUUCUCGGCGAAUGUGAUGUUGUCGUCUCGGAAUUGUCCAAAGCUCUAGGUUGGAGCCUCGAUCAUGAGAUGAUUCCAAAAAACCAGGAGAUUGAAGUUACCACGGUUCCAGGAUUUAACAAUCGUCACCAGUUCAAACAAACGCACCCUGCACCUGUACGUGCGCCUGUGCCUGAGAUAAAGACAGACUGA